GACAUGGUGUUUACUUUACAACCGUGCUUAGUGGUACUGCUAUUUGCGACAUCAUUUGCAGACGAUACAUACUUCAUAUUGGCACCCAAAACAAUCCAACCUGGUCAACCGAUCUCUGUCUUCGUUCGGAUAGUGAACGCAACUGGACCAGUCGAUAUAGAUUUAGCUGUUUUAGAUUCCAUGAAUGGAAGUAUUGCAGAUGUGUCUGACACAGUUUAUGCUGGGAUACCUGAGGUGUUGGAACUAAAGAUACCAGAGGAUCUUCCGUCGGGUACUUAUACCUUACGGUCAGAAGGGACUGGAGCACUGGAGUUUAUUGAUAGCGUGCGUUUGACAUAUUCGCCAAAAGCAACCUCGAUAUUCAUACAGACUGACAAAGCUGUGUAUCGGCCGGGUGAACUAGUGCGGAUACGGGCAGUGGGAAUUUAUUCUAGCCUAAAAGUGGUUCGUGCUCCCAUGAACGUCACCAUACUUGACUCACGAAAUAACAGACUCAAGCAAUGGAUUUCUUUUAUUGACCCUGUUUCAAGUAUAUUUAAAGGCGAAUUUCAACUGAACGAUUUCACCAGCACUGGCGACUGGACGAUCUCCGUGGAACAGUUGAUUGAGCAACAAGAGAAGAUUUUUGAAGUAAGAGAGUUCGUUCUCCCAAGAUAUGAAGUAAACCUCAUAUUACCAUCAUUCGCUGUGGCAGCUGAUGACAAGUUUACUGGCAAAGUAUCGGCAAUGUAUACAUUCGGAAGACCUGUCAAAGGGGAACUUGUCGUGAUAUUGGAAAGAACAUUUCCAAGCGAACACCAAAUUGAACUUCGUUUUAAAGAUUUCAAUGGAGAGAGGGAAUUUUCCACAGAUAUGAAGCACGUGACGACCUUUCUGAGUUCAUAUAGAGUUCGUGUUACCGCUACGGUGAUUGAAGGUUUAACUGGUGAUAAAAUCAGCGAUACCGAUGAGGUUCGAUUGUACCGAUUCGUGGAAAAAGUUACUUUUGCAGAGUUUUUGCCACACGUUUACAAACCUGGUCUUGUUUACAAUGGCAUACUACGGAUUACCCAGCAAGAUGACACCGUUUUGCCAAAUGCCACGAAAAAAGUCAACAUCACUAUUUCAUAUCAGAAAAGAAUGAGCCCUCCGCCAAAUCCUCCAAGGACAGGAGAAGAAACAUCACCAACAGUCAGAUUCCUCCCUGUUCCGUUUCCUUCGACUACAAUAACAAUAAACUCACAUAUUCUCAAAGAUGUUCCUAAAAGUGGAAUAGUCCCAUUCGAUGUUACAAUUCCUCCAGAAGCAGCUCCAGAUUCAUCUGUUUCACUCUCGGCGAAGUACGAGUCUGCUAGUGCUUAUUUUUACCUGCGUCGAGCAAUAUCGCCAAGUGAUACAUAUUUACAAGUCCGGUUGAAGUCUAAACUCUCAGGUCUGAAGGCUGGGAAACGGGCAAAAUUUUCACUGAAGUCUACACAGAAAAUGUCUUUAGUGGAAUUUCAGAUUCUAUCUAAAAGCGUACUUGUCGAAAACGGGCACGUGGAUGGGAAGAGGAAGAAGUCCGCCACUUUCAGUGUAAAACUAACACAUCUCAUGGCACCGAGGUCGACACUAAUAGUCUACUUCGUCCGGCCCGAUGGGGAAGUCGUUACCGAUUCUAUCAGUAUAAAUGUAGAUGGACUAUUCAGAAACGACGCUUCUCUUAAGUUCAAUAAGAAGAAGACGAAACCAAACACACGAGUUCAGCUCAAGCUGAAGGCAUCACCUGGUUCAGAGAUGCACGUUUUAGCCAUAGACAAAAGGGUCCUACUACUUAAGAAAGGAAACGACAUAACACAAGAUGAUGUUCAGGACGAGAUUCAGCUUUUCAAUUCUCAGCCAAUUGUUCCAUUUUUCCGGUUCUUUCGGUGGUUUCCUAUUCCCAACGAAGGAACUGAUGCAGCUACCAUUUUCCAGAAUGCUGGAGUGGUGUUAAUGACUGAUCUGACUAUAUACAGGACAACCUUCAGAGUUUCUUUACCAAUAAUCAUGGAAGCAGCAGCUGCUCGUUCAGACCAGGUCACAACAAGUGUAAGAAUAAGGAAACGGUUUCCGGAAACCUGGAUUUGGACUUCUGUACUUGCGGGAGCCAACGGAAAGGCAUCAUUGUCGCGUAAAACACCUGACAGUAUAACUACAUGGGUAGCAUCAAUGUUUGCAACCGACACAACGACAGGUCUCGGCGUUGCCCCAUCAACAGCUGAGCUCACCGUGUUUUUAAACGAGUUCCUAACAGUUAAUACACCACGUUCUGCCAUCAGAGGAGAAAUCAUCGUGGUCCAAGUCGACUUUUUCAAUUAUGGCGACAAGGAACUGGAGGUUGUUAUCAUACUGAAGAAGACGAACAAAUUCUUUUUCUCUGAUGCGGAUGGCAAAAGCUUUACUCCAAACAACCCCCAGUUUCCCAAUGCAUGGGCAAAGACAGUUACAGUAGCAUCUGAUGACAUUGGAUCGGUAUUUUUCCCGAUCGUUCCUCUGAUAAUUGGGGAUGUGAAACUCACUGUAUUGGCCAAGGCAAAGAUCAAUGGAGGCAACACAUUACGAGAUAUAGAUGCGAUCAAAAAGCCUAUCAAAGUUAAAGCAGAGGGUAUUCGUCAGUCAUACAGCAUACCAUCUUUGAAAGUCUUGAAUGGUGGUCCUCCUGUGACCGAAAUAUUCAACAUCACUCUCCCAGAAGAUCAUGUUUCUGGAUCGGAGUAUAUUGAGGUAUCGGCUAUAGGUGACAUUAUGGGCCCAUCUUUGGCUGGGAUUGAGGACCUUCUUCAGAUGUCGUACGGCUGUGGAGAACAAAACCUACUGAACUUUGUACCCAAUGUGUUUAUUACACAAUAUCUCCGUGCCACUAACCGACUCACGCCGGAAAUCAAGGCGAAAACCGAGAAAUUACUGGCUGCCGGUUAUCAGCGGGAGUUGAUGUUCCAGCACAAAGAUGGAUCAUUCAGUGCAUUUGGUGAAAGCGACAGGAGUGGAAGUACAUGGUUAACUGCAUUCGUCGUAAAAGCAUUUGCUCAGGCGGAGGAUGACACGACCAUUGAUCCAAGGGUGAUGUCGCACGCUAUCGGGUUUCUUUUGGAACAACAAAGUAAAGAUGGAUCGUUUCAUGAACCCGGUAUAGUGCUUCACAAAGGGAUGCAGGGUGGAUCAAUUUCUUCUAUAAGAGCACGUACCUCCUUUGUACUUAUAGCAUUAGCGGAAGCAAAGCGAAUGAAUUUUGUGGAUUCACUUAUUUCAGCACAAGUCGAUGAUUCCAUGGACGAUGCAACCGCAUAUAUUACAAGUGGAAGGGUUGCAAGUUUUAACAACACUUAUGAACUUGGAAUCGCCGUCUAUGCCUUGACAUUGGCGGGCGCGGACUUGAAUAUUAUAGACGAUCUGUUUCAAGAAUUGGAGUCCAGAGCAACAGUUGAAAAUGGACAGAAGUACUGGAUUCUCCCAGAAGACGAAGCGGAGUCUGUGUCACCAUACAAAUCCAGUUGGCAACCACCCCUAACGAGGUCAAGGGCACUCGAUAUUGAGGUCACCGCUUAUAUUAUGUUAGCAUUUGUCGAAAUAAACGACACUACAAAUGGACUGCAGAUUUUGAAAUGGUUGAUAACACAACAAAAUUCAAGAGGUGGAUUUAUUUCUACACAGGACACAGUUGUCGCCCUUCAAGCGUUGGCGAGCCUAGCAGAGCUCGUUUAUGAAGAUAACUUCAGUUUGAGUGUCACUGUAUCAUCGGCACCUGGAUCUUUCAGUCAUACUUUUACAGUAACCAAUGGCAAUGCUCUGGUGCUUCAGAUACAAGAGAUUCCUUAUGUGCAAAACUUCCAGGAGUUGACUGUCGGUGCAAGCGGAUUAGGGCUUUGUUUAUUAGAGGUAUCGGUGUUCUUCAACGUUGAGCAAGAACUUCGCGUGCCAGCAUUCGACAUGAAUAUCACGUUAAGAAACGAGACAUUAGAAGGCUUUAGAUUAGAUACUUGUUUCCGGUGGCUGCGGGAUGGACGGAGUACCAUGAUUUUGCUGAAUGUUGGUUUCCCCACUGGUAUGGAGGGAGACAUUACGUCAAUUGGCACGAGUGGAGCCCCAACAUUCAAGCGAGCAGAGCAGAACGUUGAAGACAUAGACAUGUACUUUGAUUUCGUGACAGAUGAGGCAACGUGUGUCACUAUCCAGGUGUUCAGGAGCAGUAUUGUGGCUAAUGCGAAGGAAGUGCCCGUGACUGUAUCAGAUUAUUACGAGACAGCUAACAGAUUGACUGUGUUUUACAAGUCCAAGGUUUCGAGCAACGCUACGCCGGAAGAUGUGUGCGUAGAUCGGGAUUGCUUUUAAUGAACAGGAAAAGAAACUUUCUUAAACUUGAUGGAAUCAUCAUGGUAAGAGAGAGUUUUUUGGUGAGAACAUGCCAUACUUAAAAAAUAAACUAUAUUAUCCAAAGCGUA